AUGAAUAUUAUUAACUACCUUUACAAUAAGAGCAAGAGUAUAUACAAUCGAAAUAUCAGUGCGUACAAUUACAACAAUAUAGAGAAUGAGAAUUUAAUUAAUAAUUUUGUCGAUAUCAGUAAUGGGUAUAGCAACCAUAGCUGCUCGUCUAAGUCGUCCUCGGGGGCGUUGAUGCUGGGGGACAGGAAUGUGCGCACGGGGCGUGCCGCUUCUGGCGCUGCUGGCACUGCUGGCGCUGUGGGUGUGACGAGAGCGCAGAGCAACCGGAUGGACCAAGCGAAGAACGUCGCCAGCAGAGGAGACGAUCAGGAGAAGAAAAACCAAAAUUACGAAUUCAAUGUUUACAAUAUCGGUUUCGACACAAAGGUAUACAAAAAUAGAUGUGAUGGAGUCUGUGUCUUGAAUGACAAUAUUUACAUUUUUGAUAAAAUAAAAAAAUGUAUAUAUUUGUAUACCCCAUAUAAUAACGUAUGGUAUAUAUUUUUGAACAUAUGUGAAGAAAUGUCCGUAAAUAAAAAUGGGAACAUGGAGUUGACCAAUUUUUAUUUGAACAAACAGGAACAAACUAUUGAUGGAAGCUUCAGUCAUUUGAGUAAUAUUUCAUUUAUGAACUACACAGAUGUGGUUUAUCUGAAUAAUUGUAUUUUUAUUAUUAGUAGGGGGGGGGACACGGAGCGCAGGGAGCAGGGCAACGCCGAUGAGAUUGACGAGAUUGACGAGAUUGGCAAGACUGACGGGAUUGGCAAGACUGGCAAGAUUGGCAAGACUGACGAGAUUGGCAAGACUGACGAGAUUGGCAAGACUGACGGGAUUGGCAAGACUGACGGGAUUGGCAAGACUGACAAGAUUGACAACCCCCCCAGUUGGGACGCGAAGCCGGGCGGCUCUUCUCCCCUGCAGGAAGAGGCAAACAGGCCGAAGGGGAAGAAUCCUACCGUUUCAUGUGUGGAGCAAACAGUGCGUAGUGACCAAGCGGGUGCCGUGGAGGGCACACACAUCCAGGAUGGUCACCGUCGAAGCAGCGAUGGCGACCCCCAAAGCCGACGCAGUUGUGGCAUCCACGGUAGCAGCCCCUGCGAAGAGUAUGUCAAUGGAAUUUCUGAAAUUUCCGAAUUUUCCGAAUUUUCUGAAUUUUCCGAGCUUUCCGAAUUGUGCGAAUUUUCUGAGCUUUUUCCGAACGAAGAGAAAAAUCUUUUUAAAAAAAUGAAGAGGCUGAUAAAGGCUCGAGAUUUCUUUUCCAUCUGCAGUGUCAACGAGAGCUGCUACUCCUUGAUUUACCUCUUUGGAGGGAAAGGAAGCACCGUCAAAAGGGACAAUGAAUAUAUCGAUAUCAUUUACAACGAUUUGUACGUUUACGAUUUUUACCGAAAUCGGUGGAUGGAGCUGUAUCAGUACAGGAGUGACGGAUGCGGGUGUUCCCCUGAGGAGCGGACAAACCGAGAGCAGACUUUUCAGGAUAAUUCUCUUUUACGUACCCACUUAGACGAGUCCACCGAAAACAGAAGGGAUAAUAGCAACAUUUUUUAUUUUAAACCGGGUGAUACUGUCUCCCCAGAUGGUGUACAGAACGAACGUACGCUGGAAAACGAAACCAGAAAUGCAGAAGAGUGUUUUAACGACAAUUUUUUUCUACUCACCUCGAAUGAUGCGUUUAGUAAUGAUAACACGACACAAUCGAGUAAGGUUAAGAUGGACGGGGGAGCGGUAAAUCUGAGGGAUAGUCUACACCGUAAUGUAGGCACGGUGGAUAGUAUAGCCACGGUUGCUACGUCCACUGUGGAGAGGCAUAACGAUUCGUUUAGUCACACGAAGGGGGAAUCAUGGGAUAGGAAUCUGAUGAGUGAGGACAGAAAGGAAAUUGCAAAGAAAGAGAAGGAAGAAGCGGAUGAUACAUGUUCAGAUUUGUACAGUCUCAUUUUUGAUACUCGUGAAGAAGCCACGGAUGGAAAAGCUAAAAAUGCAGAGUGCGAAGGUAUGCAUUGUGAAACUAAUCCCGUGGAGGACCCCCAACAGACACGAACGAACAUCUACCAUGAGCGUAAUGACCAACUUUGCAAAGAUUGUGUACAGGGGAAGAAGUGCAAAUAUAUAUGUGACCUUGUAGCGAAUGGAGUGAAUAUACGAAGAAUCCAUUGGCUUGGAAAAAGAGCAGGACAUUCCUGCACAUAUUAUAAAAACAAUUUAUACAUAUUUGGAGGAAUCAGUUACUACAGCUUUAAUAGUAACAAAAUAAAUUUAAAUUUUUGUGAUAAUCUAUUCCUUUACAAUAUCCAGUCUAAUAAGUGUUUUGAAAUUAUGGCGAAAGGAAGCAUACCUGAGAAGAGGUACCGACAUGGUUGUGUGAUCAUUAAUGACUAUAUGUUCGUAAUUGGUGGAGAGUGUAAGAGUUCCUCUUUACCAAGGAACGAUUUAUUUUUUUAUAAUUUUAAAACAUCUGUGUGGACUGAAGUUGUUAUUAAUUCUAAGGUAGGUUCUCACUCGUUGUACAAAACGGUGUGGUUGGAGAACUUCGGGUCGAUAUACAUGUUCGGCUCGUCCAUUUUGCGCCUCACCAAGAAGAACUUCCAGUAUACCCCGUCGUACAAGAAUAACCAGAAGAGGGUGGAGAACCGGCGGUUCUGA